GAUAUUUUAAUAUUACGUGAAAUUACUCGCAACAAGUUUACCAUUUAUUCCACAAAACAACGGUUUUUGGAAAGGGAACGCAAUGCAGAAAAUGAAGAAAAAAUAUAUCAAAAAAUGAUAGACUUUAACAAGUUCGCAACAGAGUUUUUAGAAAAACUAAAAGCAGAUGCUUUUGUUCAAAUGCAAGAAACUUAUUUAAAACUUAGGAAAAUACGGGAGACACGUCCUAAAUUAGAAAGGGAAUUAAAAGAUGUUACCAAUCAAUAUCAGCGACUCCUAGUAGAAACACAGGAUGAUUAUAGAACGUUUUUAUCUGGUUUAAAAAAGAUUAGUUACUUCGAUAACAUCGAAGACGAAGAGGCAUUAGCUUCUCGAGAUGUUAAUAUCGAUGCUGAAAAACCGAAGUUAAUCAAACCAGCAGAAAUAACAAAUAUGGAGAUUUCUGAAAAGCAUAUUGCAGGUAAAAAAGAAGCCAAGGAAUUGGAACUGUAUAUGAAUCAGAUCGUACGACCGUAUUUGGCUGAAAAACGUUACUUAACUCCUAGCAUAUGGAUCAAUGGCUAUGAGAAAAUGCGUCAAAAAAUAUUUAAUUUUAAUAGUCGUGUCAUGAAUUUGGGUCUACUGAAUCUUAGAGUCAAGAUGAUACAUUAUAAAUUUAAAAAACAAUAUGAUGAGGCUGUUGAAAGUCCUAUAUUUGCUAAGGAUGCAGCAUUGAUACAAGCACGUGCUGAUACUUUGAAGCAAUUGACAAAUAUUGCAGUUGACAACUUCGAUAAGGCAUACAAAGAGGAUAAAAUGUCCUUGAGAUUAAACGCUGUUGUACCUGUACUACUUAAAAGCAUAGAAGAUACUAUAAGAAAAGAUAAUAAAACUAAAGAAGUUAUGGAUAAGCCAGAAGUAGAAACGGAAACGUUACCAAGUGAUUCUUGUGAAACUGAGUAUCCUCAAAUUGCCUCUUUAGAACAAGUGCAGAAAAUACAAGAACAUUUAUUGUUGUUGCUUAAUAAACUUGAUAAGUAUCCACCUGAGCUGGUGCAGAAGGUUGAAGCGGAAGAACGUCGUCGCAUCAGAAUGGAGAAAGAAAAUUCAAGACGCGCCUUAGCUAAAGAAAAUCGUAUGGAAAAUUGGCUGGACCAUUUCAAAAAGCAUGCCGCGCAGAAUAAUCCUAACUAAUAUCUACAGCGUUUCCAAUGUUUUUUGAAGACAUUUUAAAAGUUUAUUUUGGAUUUCACUUUUAAUUGAGAUAAAAUAUAUG